ACAGAGCAGAUUCACUAGCAGGAAGUCAGCAUGGCAGAUAAGUCCAAAUUUAUUGAGUACAUUGAUGACGCUUUAGAAAAAUCAAAAGAAACUGCACUUUCUCGCUUAUUCUUCACCUAUCAGGGGAUUCCUUACCCAGUUACCAUGUGUACCUCAGAAACUUUCCAAGCGAUGGAUACCUUUGAAGCCAGGAGCGAUGACAUUGUGCUAGCAUCUUACCCAAAGUGUGGUUCAAAUUGGAUUCUUCACAUUGUCAGUGAAUUAAUAUUUGCUGUUUCUAAGAAAAAAUAUGAAUGUCCAGAAUUCCCAGUUCUUGAAUGUGGAGACUCAGAAAAAUAUCAGAGAAUGAAACAGUUUCCGUCACCAAGGAUUUUGACAACUCACCUCCAUUAUGACAAAUUACCUGGAUCCAUCCUGGAACAUAAAGUCAAGAUAUUGGUGAUAUUCCGCAACCCUAAAGAUACAGCGGUAUCUUUUUUCCAUUUCCACAAUGAUGUCCCUGAUAUUCCAAGCUAUGCCUCUUGGGAUGAAUUCUUCAGACAGUUCAUGAAAGGACAAGUUUCUUGGGGAAGCUAUUUUGAUUUUGCAAUCAAUUGGAACAAACACCUGGACAAUGAAAAUGUUAAGUUCAUACUAUAUGAAGACCUGAAAGAGAAUCUGACUACUGGAAUAAAACAAAUUGCUGAGUUCUUUGGAUUCUCUGUAACUGGGGAACAGAUUCAAACCAUCUCAGCCCAGAGUACCUUCCAAGCGAUGAGAGAAAAAUCUCAGGAGACGCAUGGUGCUGUUGGCCCAUUCCUGUUCCGCAAAGGUGAAGUUGGUGAUUGGAAAAACUUGUUCAGUGAAACUCAGAACCAGGAAAUGGAUGAAAAAUUCCAAGAGCUCUUAACAGGCACUCCCCUGGGAGUAAAGCUGAAGUAUGAAUCAUAUUGCCAGGCUUGAUUCUGGCCAAGUCAGCAGGCCUGAAUGUUUUCUUUUCCUUAAUCAUAAUUGAAGUUAGAUAAUUAUGAAAAAUUCAAAUAAUUAAAUAAUGAUAAUGAAACAACAUUUAAAUCUGAAUAAUAUAAAUUCAAUAAUAAUGAUAACAUCUGAAGUCUUUGAGCGCAAAUUUAAGUUUGUUCACCAUUUGAAGAAAAGGUUCACUUAUCUGUCCCAAAAGGACACUAUUAUUAAUGUGUUAUACUGUUUUUUU